AUGAAUGUUUCUACAAUUGAGGAGCUGGAGCGACGGCUGGAUGAGCUUCAGAAGGUGAAGGUGUUUGACGAGAACGUGAGGGGCGGCGUGGAUCGUCUGCUUGCGUCUACGCCAAAUGUUGAAGAGGAGCGGGACCCCGACAUGAAGGUCCGGCUGCUUUUUUUGAGGUGCAAGGCGCUCACGUUACUGCCAAUUUUCUCCAUGGAGGCAGAGCAGGGCUGUGGCGCAGCACUGAAGCUUCGCCACGAUCGACCAGAUCUGUGGGUGCUCCUCAGUGAGUGUCUUGCUCGCCGCAAUGCGACACGAGAAGCAUGUGAUGCCUUGGACAACGCCCUGCGCUUAGAUCCUCACAACGUGGAGGCCUUGUGCCAGUACAGUCGGCUUCUAAGAACUCUUUCCAGUGACCCCAAACUGACACCGGCAGAACGUCUACAACACUUGAAUGACUCUGUGGCGCGUGGUAAGGCAGCAGCUGCUGCCUGUCCCACAAAUACGGAUGGUUGGCAGUGCUAUUCGAUUGCUUUGCUUUCGAAAGCUCUUUCAAACGGCGUUGACAUUGCUGGGGCGCAACACGCCUUACAGGCUAUGCGACAAGCUGCGCGGAUUGCCCCAGAGGACCCCGAUGUGCGGUUUAACAAGGGCGGCAUUGAGGGUUUUUUGGGUCAUUUUGGUAAUGCAGCAUGCGAUUUUCUUGCAGCGUAUGAAGUGGAUCGAAAACGAUUAAAGGGGACGAAGCAAGUGCUCGAGGAUCAUCUCAAUAUUCUUCGAAGGGCAGAAUCGCGCAUAAAGAGUGCACACCAGGCAGGGAAACGAAAUUUUCUCUCUCUGCUUGCCAAAGUGCCCUCAUCAACUGAUGGUGUAACGAUAAAGGAGGUUGUGGAGGGAUCUGCCACGACGCCAUGCCGCGUAACUGUUGGGACAGUGGAUGUCCUGAGUGAGCUUGCAAUGGAGCCUAUGGUGGUUCUGGCAGCUGAAAAAUCAGGUGAGUUUUUGUUACUUUUGUUUUACGGGUUAAAACGAGGGUCCAUAAAGGGCAGUAACACCACUAUUUCUUUGUUAUUUCCGGGCAGUACUCCUGUUCGUGUCACGCACGAAGUUCCCGAUAUUCCUUUUUUGGAAACCAGUUCGCACGCAGCCACGCACACACAGGUCUUUGUUGAUCUCAAAACCACGCUUGUUAAUGGUGAGCCAGUUCCAUCUCACAUGCGUGUCUCUCCCAAACUCUCGUCGAGAAUGUUUAUGUAA